AUGACCUGGCAAACCGAAUUCUGGUCAUGGAUGUCGCCACCCACAGUGCAGACCGCUGAAGUCCCAGCCGUCGGCCAGAAGGCGCCCUCCACGCCCAAACUCACCAUACCAGCACAAGAUGGCAAGCCAACGAUUAUCAGCUUCCUCCGACACUGCGGAUGUCCUUUCGCAGAAAAAACCUUCCUAAACAUGCGCGCCCUCGCGCCCGCUCACCCAGACAUCCAUUUCAUAGCCGUUUCGCACAGCGACCAAGCGGCUACGGACCGCUGGCUUGCAUCGUUGCCUGAACCGGAGAAGAACACGCAACCUAACCUCAGCAUCGUUGUAGACGCAGAACGCGAAGCAUAUGCCGCGUGGGGUCUAGGCACGUCCAGCUUGUGGCAUGUCCUCGGUAGUAUACCUGGUACGAGCAAGUUGAGCAAAGAGGGCAUUAGCGUGAGGCCGACUGAGAGUGGGAGUCGGUGGCAGACGGCGGGCAAUUUUGGGGUUGACGCGCAGGGGGUUGUGAGAUGGAGUAGGGUUGAUGGGAGGGCGGAUGAUAUGCCGGAUUUUAAGGAGGGGGUGGAUAAGGUGCGCGGGGGCAAGUUUGAGACGGGGGGUUUUGCUGAGGCUAUGCAGGGUUGA